AUGGAAGGAACAAGCAUCUCUCCCCCACCAACCCCAACCGCACCUUUCAAACAGAGGUUGAAGAACUGUGUAUCACCUGGCGAAUAUCCCGAGGCUUACCGGCCUGGAGGCUAUCAUCCGAUUAACCUGGGAGAUACUCUUAACGAUGGCCAGUACAAGAUCAUUCGAAAACUUGGAGACGGAUGUUUCUCUAUCGUCUGGCUCGCCCAUGACCUAAUGAACUCUCGAUAUGUAGCUCUAAAGAUCCUUGUCUCGGAUGAGGCAGAACAUUCCCAGGAAGUAGAGGUUUUACACCAUCUUGCCAAGGUCGCUCCCUUCGAAUCAGGCCAGCAGAUCACACAGCUUCUGGCCGAAUUCGAGCAUAAAGGCCCCAAUGGCACGCACAAGUGUCUAGUCUUCGAACCCAUGGGCCCGUCUGUCAAUCAAAUGAUUCUGGAACUUGCCAAAGGAGGGACCAAGUGGCCAAGUGAGAUAAGGUAUCCGCCCCAAACGGUAAAACGAAUUCUCCGCGAGUCCUUGAAAGGGUUGGCGUUUCUUCAUAAGCAUGGUAUCUCUCACGGAGACUUUCAGCCUGGAAACAUACUGUUUUCGCUCAGCAAUAUUGAUUCCUGCGAUGAAGGGUCCCUAUGCCAGGAGGAAACGCCGAAUGAGCGCUAUCGUAUUGAGAGAAUCGAUGGCAAGAAAGACAAAUGGGCACCUGAGUAUCUGUUGACCGCGGAGCCGCUGGCUAGUUACGUGAGUAUUGACGAAAACGUCAAGGUCAAACUGGCCGACAUGGGUGGCGCAUACUUCUUCAACAACCCCCCAAAGAAACCCGCCGUCCCUAUUGGUCUUAGAGCUCCUGAGCUAGUCCUGAAGGGAGAAUUUGACAAGACCCAGGAUAUCUGGAGCUUUGGAUGUAUUCUUUUCGAAUUGAUCGCAGGGCGACGUCUUUUCUAUAUAUUUGGCCCAUUCAAAGAAGAGACUGAAUCGGAUGACGAACAUCUUCUCGAGAUUGUGGACAGACUCGGCCCGCUACCAGAUGAGCUAUAUAGCCACUGGAAGACCUCUUCGCGCUACUACACCAAGGACAGAAAACUAUACAAUUGGGCGCUUGGUGGCGUCGAAGAGGGUGAGGAGCCGAAUAUGCCGGAACCAUCUGAAUUAGAGACAAUGGAGGAAGCCUUUGAUAAGGAGAGCCCAGAGAUGACCGAGCUGGAGGCACAGGAGGUCAAGAAACUCAUUCGAUGGAUUCUUCAGUAUGAUCCUGCUAAGAGACCCUCGGCUGAGGAGAUCCUCCGUCAUCCAUGGUUUGCUGAAGAUUCAGGCGUGAAGACAGAGUAG